GUCUCUGUGAAUUCAAAAACAAAAAGCCGAGAAGCAAGAAUUGCGUGCGAACGCCAUUUGCAAGAAGAAGAAACCCAGCUCCAGACUGAUUCUAUACUGUUCAUCUCUUUCCCUUGUUAAUUUCUUCUUUCCAAUUCACCAAGAGAACAAGCUUUGAGAUCGAAACAAUGGCUGAGGAAUUUGGAAAAUCUGUCGAGGAUGGUAUCAAGCUUUCCAAGCGUUUAUACUUCGGAAAGGACAGGGCCGUUGCUCCUCCAAAGCCGCAGAUGUCUAUGGACAAAUCUUCAGAAACGUUUCUUCCCAGGGCACCCAUGGUUUACGCUGUUAUAUCUGAUCCGGGUAUUGUGGAUAACCCGGAUAUGACCAGCUAUCAGCCGCACGUGCACGGCCGGUGUGAUCCGCCCGCGCUUAUUCCCCUCCAGAUGAACCGGAUAGAACUCGAGGCUGAUUCUUAUUUGGAUUCUGUUAUUGUUCGCUUUAGCGGAUCUUGGAGGGUCCAUUGUGUUAUGGGCAGCAAGAGCUGUGAUUGCCGUAUCGCAAUCCCUAUGGGCGAGCAGGGUUCAAUUCUAGGUGUUGAGGUGGAAGUCCCAAGAAAGUCAUAUUCUACUGAGCUGAUUGCAAUGGAUGACAAGAGAUAUAUGGAAAAGGAAUGCCGGCCUGAAAGUGGAGGUUUUUUGAAGCCUUAUAUAUUUAUCCUGACAAUUCCAAAUGUUGAUGGGGGCUCCACUCUUUCCAUAAAGGUUAGUUGGAUACAAAAAUUGUUAUACCGAAAUGGCGAGUUCUCAUUGAUUGUGCCGUUUAGUUUUCCGGAUUAUGUCACUCCUCCUGUAAAGAAGCUAGCAAAAAAAGAGAAGAUACAAUUGAAUAUCAACUCUGGUACUGAAACCGAAAUCAUGUGCAAGGCGACUAGUCAUCCUUUGAAGCAAUUAAAACGUGAAGCAGGGAAGUCGGGUUUCUUGUAUGAAGCAGAUGUUCUCACUUGGACAGAUAUUGACUUUGCUGUCUCAUAUUCUGUUUCUUCAAGUCAUAUAUAUGGUGGUGUGAUUUUGCACUCCCCAUCUGUGCAUGAUGUUGACCAAAGAGAGCUGUUCUCUCUCUAUCUUUUCCCGGGAGGUAAAUCAAGUGGGAAGGCGUUCAGAAAAGAGAUAGUGUUUCUUAUUGAUAUAAGUGGAAGCAUGGAAGCAAAGCCACUUGAGGGCGCAAAGAACGCAUUGAUUGGAACCCUGACCAAACUUGAUGCAAAAGAUUCAUUCAAUAUUUUAGCAUUUAAUGGAGAGACUUAUUCAUUUUCUUCAUCAAUGGAGUUGGCGACUGCAGAAACAGUUGAAAGGGCUGUUGAAUGGAUUAAUCUAAAAUUUAUUGCAGGGGGCGGUACAAAUAUCCUGCUUCCACUAAAUCAGGCAAUGGAGCUAGUAUCAAAUACUCAUGGUUCGUUUCCUGUUAUUUAUCUCAUCACUGAUGGAGCUGUUGAAAAUGAAAGACAAAUUUGUGAUGUAAUGCAAAGUCAUCUUACUAGCAAAGGAUCAAUAUGUCCACGUAUAUACACUUUUGGCAUAGGUACAUACUGUAAUCAUUAUUUCCUGCGCAUGCUUGCAAUGAUUAGCAGGGGGCAAUAUGGCGCUGCAUACGAUGUAGAUUCAGUUGAACCUCAAAUGCAGAAGUUGUUUGCCAAAGGUCUAUCUACCAUUCUCGCAAACAUAACGAUUGACACAUUAGAUGAUCUUGAUGAUGUCGAGGUGUACCCCUCCCGUAUCCCAGACCUUUCGUCUGAAAGCUUAUUGAUUAUUUCUGGGAGAUACAGGGGAAACUUCCCUGAAACUCUUAAAGCUAAAGCUGUUUUAGAAGAUCUGAGUAAUUUUGUUGUUGACUUGAAGAUACAAAAUGCAAAAGACAUGCCUUUUGACAAGAUUUUUGCAAAGCAACAGAUUGAUCUACUCACAGCCCAGGCAUGGUUUUCAGAGAACAAACGGCUUGAGGACAAGGUUGUCGAAAUGAGCAUACAAACCGGCAUCGUGUCUGAAUAUACUCGUCUGUCGUUACUUGAGACUCAGAAAGGAAAUCAAGCCACUGAAUCACCUGGAGCACAUAAGUUACCACAAAAGAACGAUUCUUCAAAGGUGGAUUCUCAAGGCCAGAGAAGAAUAAUGCUACAAAACUUUGGUGUUGGCUUUGGCAAUUUGAAAGCAACAGCUGAAAACAUUCGUCCAGGAGUAGAAGAACCAAAGUUGCCUGAGGCAGCUGAACUCAUCAUUAAGGCAGCUUCAAAUUGUUGUGGAAGACUGUGUGAUAGAUGCUGUUGUAUGUGCUGCAUCCAGUGUUUCUCCAAGAUGAAUAACCAAUGCGCAAUAGCAUUAACACAGCUCUGGACUGCUCUUGCAUGUUUUGGCUGCGUAGAGUGCUGUUCACAACUGUGUUGUUGUUGCGGAAAUGAAUGAAAACUAGAAACUUGAAUUCAAGAAUUUUGUGAAACAGAAUAUAUUUCAUAUAUGGUGUAUGGUGAGUUUUGUUCAAAGCAUUCAUUCUGCCAGAAAUGGCUUUUUGUACAAUAAUUAACUACUGAUAUUGCUCAAUCAAGAAAUCAAUGCCACUUGAUAUA